UUUUCCCCUUCAUUUUGAUGUGCAAAGUUUAUUCCCUGAUGGAAACGGGUAGUACUCUGCUGAGUGAGAGGAAACUGCCUCGCUUUAGUGUUUCGGCAAACUUCUUAAAACAUUUCACCGAGUCAUGUGAGCGAGACCGUCCGGAAUUCGCCAAACUUCCUAUGCACCAAAAUGUGAUACAAACGAAAAUGCAUGCACCAGCGAUUCUUUCCAAACAUUUGACAACCUACUCCAAUGGAUUUGUGUUGCAUACGAACAAUACCAAUGGUGUUUCGACAACCUCCAGUGCCUGUUCCCCGAAGAGGCAAUUGAACCAAUCGCCCACGGCAAGCGAAUGCAGUCUCACCUCAGCAGCUCCUCGUCCCAAACGAAGUUCUACCGAAUCUCAGGUGGAGGAACUGGUGCUGUUGUGUUGGGAACAGCAGGGCGAGUUGGGCGAUAUUUACGAAGCCGUGGAACCAGCAAACCACACUCCAGGCAAGAAAGACUCUGAUGCAAAAUCGCCAAGUGCGGAUCACCUGUCAAGUGAUCCACUCUCCUCUGACGGCAGUCCUGAAGAAAACUGUGUAAGUGACAACUGUUUACCCAAGAGCACAGAUCAUGAAUCAGAAGAGGACCAAUCGAGAGUUGAACAAAUGACUUCGAAUAUUGAUCUGUGUAGGCGGAUGGACGAAAUGGUGGGAGAGCUGACACAGAAAAUGAUCAAACGAGACAAAGGAGUGCAGUCAGAGAUGACGUCACUUCCCACCUCGAAAAUGUGUAAACACAUGACGGAUGACAUCUCGUUGCAGACUAAACACACAACGGACGAAUCUGGCACGUACGUCUAUCUGGAAUCCCCGCCUUCGUAUCCAACCCCUUACGGUGGUCAACUGGGAAUCCCCACCUCACGCAGUCUGCAUGAUUCCCUUUCACAAGCCACAGUUCGCUCCCACGACAACAAAACUUCCACAUCAAAUACUGCAUUGCACAAGACCAAUCGGAAGCUGCCGCUCGUAUUUGGUUCCAGUCUGUUCCGGACAACCUCGAAGGAACGCCGGCCAGAUCCAGGAGGUACCCUCAGGCAACAUUCUUUUCGACAAUCCUGUCGGUCACAGGAUCGUAAACUGAAAGCAGACAAAUUUUCACUGAAUCGCAGCGGAUAAGCAUCGCCCAAUCUGCGUGUAUUAUACAGUUUUCUUACCUCAAAUCUACCCUUUGCAAUAGCACGUUUU